UUAAGAUUCCACAAAAAACUCAGUGUUGUCUCUCUCUCUCUCCCUCUCCACCUCACUCUUUCUCUCUCUCUCUUUUGUGUGCUCAGAUCUGACCAGAGGAGAAAGAAUCGGAGAAGAAGAUGACUGAUCGAGUCUUUCCAGCUUCCAAGCCAGCCACCGCCACUAAUGGAGUUUCCUCAGGUGGUUCCUUAGUACCUCCUCCAGCUCCGGCGACUGUUAACGGUAACGGAACAUCCAACGGAAUGGCUAAUCAGAAACCACAAGUCUAUAUUCCGGCUAACCGUCCGAUUUACCGUCCACAGCCUUACAGUCGUCACCAUCACCACCAAUCUCGGCCAAGCUGCCGGCGAAUUUGCUGCUGUUGCUGUUUCUGGUCGAUUCUGAUCUUUCUGAUCCUCGCUCUCAUGGCCGCCAUCGCCGCCACCGCGAUGUACGUGAUCUACCACCCGCGUCCGCCGUCUUUCUCCGUCCCGUCGCUUCGAAUCGGCCGCGUUAACCUAACCACCGCAUCGGAUUCCUCCGUCUCCCAUCUCUCGUCUUUCUUCAACUUCACUUUACUCUCGGAGAAUCCCAACCAGCACCUCACCUUCUCCUACGAUCCCUUCACCGUCACCGUCAACUCCGCGAAAUCCGGCGCGAUGCUCGGGAACGGAACCGUACCGGCGUUCUUCAGCGGGAAUAAGAACAAGACGUCGUUUCGCGGCGUGAUCGCGACGUCUACGUCGGCGCGUGAGCUGGAUCCGGAAGAGGCUAGGCAUCUGAAAUCAGAUCUGACGCGCCCGCGAGUGGGAUUCGAGAUCCAGAUGCGAACGAAAGUGAAAAUGCAAAUGGGGAAGCUGAAGAGCGAAGGAGUAGAGAUCAAAGUGACAUGCCAAGGAUUCGAAGGAACAGUAUCCAAAGGGAAAACUCCGAUCGUAGCAACCUCCAAAAAAACUAAGUGUAAGUCUGAUCUGAGCGUGAAGGUCUGGAAAUGGAGUUUUUAAGGGAAGCAACAUUGGAUUUGAUAAUUUGACAAUUGAAAUUUCUGGGUUUUUUUUUUAUAAAUCUUUUAUUUUAUUUACUUUUAUUUUUUUCUUUCUGGAUUUGUGAAACUUUUGGAAUGGUCCAAAAGAAGAUUUCUCAGUUUUUAGUUAUUAAUUUGCAGAGAAGAGUCAGAGAGAUAAGAUAUUGUUCUUAGUAGAGAAGGCCAGAGAAUUCACGGCUUCUAAAAAUUUCUUGGAUUUUUCUUUUUUUUCAUUUCUUUUUUUCUUUUGGGAGUUUCUUGUUUAAAUUAUAUAAUGGAUACAAAUAUAAAUGUAAUAUAAGGAAUGGUGUACUAAAAAGCUGGAGAUGCCAAUAGCUGAAAACAACUAGUA